GCAUAUACAAGUAUUGUAACUGUUCAAAAAAUCAAGGGAUCGAAUAUCUGUGCAUACUCUUCAAAAGAACACAAGUGCUUAAUCAAACAAAAUAUGAUAUAGCAAAGAUUUAUAACUUAAUGUAGGAGGAGCAGUCAUAAAAAAUGGCCGAUAAAAAAGUUGAUGAUAAAACCAAUCAAGUUGACUCCACCUUACAUACUUACGACAAAUUAAGUAAGGAUAUCCCGAUCAAAAGUCAAGCAGGGAGUAUUAGUGUACCAAGUGAAGACGUGGCUGAUUUAGAAAGUGGUAAAUUACAAAAUGAUGUGAAGAUAAAUAAACAACUUCCCGUUAAAAAGAGUACGAUUCAAAACUCUGAUGAUGAAAUUCAGGAUUUAUAUAAAGAUAAAACGUUGGAUAUAACAGAAGAUACAGUUGUUGAGUUUGAGAAUGAAGCUUUACCAGUUCUUACAGUAGCAUGUGAUACAUAUUGUUUGAAUCUAGAAGGUCCCAAAACUGAACGGGGUUUAUCUCUGUCAGACAUCACAGUACAUAUGAGUAAUGUAGAAUGGAUGGAUAUAAAAAAUAAUACAGUUGAAAUACCUGAAAUUACGGUUGAAAAAAUUGACCUUGAGGAUAAACUUGCCAUUGACUCUAUGGGUGAACCCAAAGAGGAUAAAGAGACAGAUAUAGCUGAGUCAAGGGAUACCUAUAGAGAAAACAACACAGUUGAAAUACCUGAAAUUACUGUUGAAGAAAUUGACCUUGAACCAGGAGAUAAACCUCCCAUUACCCCUGCAUCUGUGAGUACACAUGAAGAAAACUGUUCAAAAGAGGAUAAAGCUAUAGCUGAGUCAAGGGAUACCUAUAUAGAAAACAACACAGUUGAAAUACCUGAAAUUACUGCUGAAGGAAUUGAUAUUGACCCAGGAGAUAAAACUGUUUCAACUGAAUCUGUUCCAGCUGUUGGUGGUAUAGAUGUACCAAAUGUUGUAGUUGAGGAAUAUACUGGCGAACCUGACAUUCCGUCAGAUCCCACUGAAGUUGUUUACCCAAAAUGUGAUGUUAUCAUUCAAUAUGAUAAUGAUUCAGAUGCAACAGGAACGUACCAAGGAAACCAAGAGACAGAUACAGGGAUUAUAAAUUCUGGUACUUCAAGUAUUGAUACAGAAUAUCCAACCAUCAAUCAAAAUAUAAGUAGCCCAAGUGAAGGUGAAAUUUGUGAAGAAGCUAAUGGGGAAUCACCAUCUAAUGUUGUCUCAGAUAUAGUGAUUGACCCAGAUGCUACGCCUAUUGAUUCAACAAAUGCUGUAACAGAAGGGCCAUUCAUUAAAAAUAAACCAAAGAACCCAUUAUUAGGAGGAGAUUUACUUGAUGGUGGAUCCUUCAAACGACGAAAUUCAUAUCGUAGGAAAAAGAAGAGCAGCAAAAUGAAUGAAAAACAUGUAUCAGUUGUUAGCGUAAAAAAUGACCCUGGAGAAAAUAUUAACCCAGAGAUCAUAAAUAAUGCAGGAGUUACCAAGGUGAUCAUAAAAGAUGUCACAACGUCUAAAGUAUGUCACAAUGAACCUCUUAAUCCACAAAAAGAUAUCAAUAUAGUCGAUGAUAAAGUGGUACUAAUCGAUGGUAAAUAUGCCCACGAGCCUCAUCUGAAAAGGUCAAAAAUAGAAAAUGUACCCCAAGGUCAGGGUAUUAUGACCCCUAGUAUUAUUGUAACUGAUGAUAAAUUGGCAAUGGAUAUACCAAACUCAAAAACGGAUAUUGCAAAUGCUAUGGAUGUUAAGGAUAAACAUAUUGCUAAGGAGAAUGCUGAACCUAAGCCUCUUGCAGUUGAUGUAACUUGUAUGGGAGGAUCCUCUAAGAAAGCAUUUGAUGUGACUGA